AAGAACAAAUUAGUGGUUAUAACGAUGAACAUCCAAGGUGUUGCUAUUUUCACAGCAGCCUUUUUGUCCUGUGAGAUAUAUUGCUCAUCAUUUACGCCUCAUGGGUACUUGACAACUGCAGUCACUGAAAGUUGGGAGUCGCUGGUGUUUUGGAUCACAAACUCAAUCAGUCCACGGGGAUCAGCAUGUGCAAGACACAGUCAAUGGUACUGUCUGGAUGCAUACCAUACUCCAGACCCUAGGGUCUUUGGAGGCACACUUAUGCCAAACUUCUCUAAUCGUUCUGGACUUCUGGAACCACAUGCUGCCAAGGCCUGGUUCGAACUGCUCAUACGGGAACAAUGGGUGGACAUCAACAUGAUCAACUUUGCCAAUCCACGUGACUGUUGCUCUAAUCAGGUCAGCAAGUACAUGCUAUUCGGUCUCCUGCAUAAGAUGAUUAAGCCUGACAAGUAUUUGGCCAUGCUGACAGACUACAAAAAUGAAAGCAAGCCUCUAAAUUUCUUAAUGGCCGUUUAUUUGCCUACCAUCUGCUCAAAUGUUAUCAUCGAAGUUGGUUUCGGCCCAGGCAACUUUAGGCGAAGUCAUCAACCGACUGUAGUCGAGGGCGCUCCUUAUGUCAUACUCGGCCGAGAAUUGGAAGAUGCCGGUCUCCGUCAUAUGGCCUCGGCAUAUUUCAAUUACUCAACAGUUGAUCAGGAGUUGACUUUUCAUUGGUUUAAACAUAACAUCAUGUGUCGAGAUAAUGCAUGGAUUUGUGACGAGACUUUGGUUCGCACAAAAGGACAUAAAAGUCCAGGAGCCAGUGGAGAGAAAAAAGACAAUGGUGGGGCUAGUGGAAGUGGAUCUAAGAAAGGGGGCAAAAAAGCAAGAAGGAAGAAACAGCAGGCUAAUCAAGGAAAAACUGAAUUCAGAAGAAGGCUUUCCUGAUGUUUUC